CUGAUCUCAAGGUGAAAAUCCAUUUUUGCCAACGACCUUUUAUUUCAGAGCGUAACCCGCUUCCGCCGAUGUAAUCAUGAUCGGUCUUCCUCCUGUCGGCAAACGGGAGGAAGGUUUAGGCCAGUGCUUAAGGCGUUAGUGAAGACGUUCACCACCAGCAGACCACAAGAACUCCAUACAAAUGAAAAUCUCCGCUCGUUUCUUCUUUCUCUCUUCUUCAUUUUCGCAAAUCUGUCAUGCGCAUAGGAUUUCCGCAAAGAACUGCCAACUCCUGCUUAUCGCUCCUUUUUCGAAUCCAAAGCCAGGAAAUAAAUCCCGAUUGCAAGCUCCUUAAGCAUGCUAGCUCAAUUCUUUAUCUCAGGCUAUUUAAUAGUUUUUCGAUAGUAUUAGGUUCGUUUACUCAAAAUGCUUCUAUUGUUGUAACUCUCUUAACAUCUCGCCCCCGCACCGAACCCGAUCUAUCAUCUCGACGAUGGACUACUAUGAUUUUUCCUUUUCGAGGAUCGGCCCCCUGUUUGGCCGGUCGAAGCGGUCCUGCGUCUGGUGGCCAUGGUUUUUGAGCGACGACGACCCGGCGAUCGAAUGCGACGAUUUACCGUCCCUCCCAGACCAAGACGCGCUACCCGACGCGCCGGUGACGGUCGGCCGAGCGGCGGAGGCUACUCCUGGUGACGAAAAGAACAAAGAAUCCGCACCAUUGGUGCUACUUUCAUCUGGAGCCGAAACCUCCAAAGAUGCACCUGCCGACCAACCUGAACAAAAAAGCGGCCUCGUGCUGCAGCGACCCUGUGUGAAAAAAGCGACUUCAAAUAUCAGUUCUCCGCGACAAGCUUCACGAUCAACAGUAGAGGAGCAGACAAGUGAAAGUACGGCAAUAAAUGCUGGACUGACUGCGACCCCGAGUUUCGGCUUCUGGCUCGUCGUAAACGGGUGUACCGAGCACCGGCGGAUAUUUUUUCUCGCUGUGGCGUACCAAUUUCUCGCGGUUGCCGCCGUGUUCUGGUUUCUGAUUUCCUUCUACCACAUCAUCCAGUACCUCGACAUGUGCCAGCACGACGAAGAUGCGCCGCUAGAUCCCACACUUCGAACGCAGCGCAUGCAGAACGAUCGGCUGUUUGUCGAUUUCUACUUGCCGAAAUUCGUGCGGACGCCGGAUCACUGCCACGCGGGCGUGUACUGGAGCUACGGGGGGCUGCUGCUGUUCUUCACGUUCGUGAAUUUGAUCGCCACCAACCUGACGACCUACCUGAUGUCCAACCUGGGGCAGCGACUGCGGGCCUACACCGUCGUGACCAUCUACGAGAAGCUGCUCUCGCUCCCGACCGUGAACUCGGGGGAGGUGCUGAAGCUGGUCACCACCGACGCGGCACAGUGGCUCGAGUGUCUCCCGGGUUUCCACCAGCUCUGGGGUGUGCCGCUGCUGGUCUUCGGCGCCAGCUUGUUUCUCUUCCAGUUGCUGGGGUUCUGGAUCGCGGCGAUCGGGCUGGUUUUCCUGUUCGGCAUGUGUGUCAUCAACGUGUUUGUCUCCCGGCUGGGCGACGACGCGCGCAAAAAGCGGAUGGAGAAGUCGGAAAAGCGCAUUUUGGUUUGCAACGAACUGCUGUCCGGGAUCCGCAUUGUGAAGUUCUUUACCUGGGAAGAACCGUAUUUGCAAAAAGUGCAGAGUCUGCGGCAGGAGGAGCUGGAGGACUGCGGCCGGGAACUGCUUCUUUUCGCGGUGAAAACGAUUCUCCUGGCGGCCGUGCCUGGUCUGGUGUCGAUUUUCUUCCUUCUGGCGCCCCGCUGGUUCGCCCUGUCCGACGAGGAGGGAGAGAUGAGCACCGCCACCGCGUUUCUGGUCACCAACAUCUGCUACAAGAUUUCGCUGCCGAUCUUGCACAUGGCGAACGUCACGGGGAGCAUGUUCAGUCUGCUCAAUAGCCUUCGUCGCAUCGAAGACUUUCUCCGGCGAGGGGAUGACAAAAAGCGACUGGAUUUCAGUACUGCAUAUGGUCUUCAGUGCAAGAACGAAUUGGAAGACAAUAAAGAUCUGCCAAGCUCGUCUAUACUCGCCGGCGCGGGAGGUGGAGGUAUGUCUGGAGCUGCAGCAGCGGGCAGCCAGCCCUCAGCAACCGAAGAUUUGACGAAGCCAAUGCAACCGCAUUUACUGCCACUGGAGUUCUUGCCUGAGCCUGACACGACGACAACGAAACAAGGGGAUGAAGACGAAGAUCCCGCUUUAACCACUGACGUGACAAAGAGUGGUGAGUCCACUUCAGAAGACGCAACCGAGGACCAGCGUCGGCCACUGCUGGGUCAAAGCGCGGAACAGGUGAAACAAGCGGGACAACAGCUUGCGCUGCCGCCCGGAAGCGUUGCAAGACCCCAGCCGAAUGCAACGCCGCAGCAACAAACGCUGGACAUAACCUGCUCGGUCUCUGCAUCGACUUUCAAGUCUUGCUUCGCCGGAGAUUCGACCACCAGUUACCUGUCGCAACGAAAAAGUAGUAGACGUCAGGAAGACGUUCUGCUGGAUCUGAAAGACCUGUCAGUCGGCUGGGACAGUAAUGGGACGGCAGCUCCCUCGCCUGCAAACCCACCAGGAGCAGGACACGAAUCUGCUCCUGACGCCGCUACCGUGCUCGAGAAGGUGAAUCUGCAACUCUGCCAGGGUGACACAAUCGUCCUGAUGGGUCGGGUCGGCAGUGGGAAGUCCACUUUACUGAAAAGCAUUCUCGGGGAAGCGAGGAUCUGCGAUGGAGAGAUGCGAUUUGGGCCACCGGCAGCGGCUUCGUCUUUGCUAGAAUCCAGUGCUGUAGAUCUAGACGCGACCGCAGCCCCAGGAACUUCGGCAGCCAAGAAGAUCUUAAAGGUAAGCUACGUCUCUCAGUCACCGUUCAUCUUUGCGGGCACGGUUCGGGAAAACAUUCUGUUCUACCGCGAUUUUGAUGCAGGGAAAUAUCAGCAGUGCAUCCAGAUGUCGCAUCUCGAUUCUGACAUUCAGUUUCAGUUUUCCUACGGCGACCAGACCAUCGUGGGGGAACGCGGCGGCAACCUGAGCGGCGGGCAGCGCAUGCGCUUGGCGCUCGCACGGGCUCUGUACGAUUUUGACCAGACAGACCUCUUCCUGUUCGACGACAUCUUUGCUGCGCUCGACAACCGCACCGCGGUGCAGAUUUGCGACAAGCUGACCUUCAACCAGAAGCCCUGGCAAGGGUUUCUCUUCACAGCGAACAAGGACUAUUGGACCGCGACUGUCGGCGGGGCGGGUGCACAUGCACCCGCAGCUGCCUCCUGCUAUCCCCCUCCGGACUUCGUAGACCGGCCAGUGCGGGCACGCGUGCGGAAGUUUCGGGUCGAUACUGCCGUUAAGCAGUUGUUUCCAAUAGUCGAGGAUGCAGACUACGCGCAGCUGGAGAAGGAGAUGGAGGAGGAGUCUGCGAUCGACCCCAUCAGUCGGUCGGUGACCUGGCAGGCCGCGGCUGACGAGCUCUGUCUGUGUUCCCCUCCCGCUGGUGCGAUUGCCACCGAGAUCGCGGGGACUACUGCGGUACCCGACGAUUUGAUGCUGACGCGGACUUUCUCCAGUGCGGUUGCAGGGAGCAAGGCCGUGGGUGUGCUGUCUUCCGCGAACGCAACAGGGUUGAACAAUUCGCCGGCAGAUGCAGCAGCCUCCAUUCCGGUCCUGUCCUCCACUCCUGGUGUUUUCCUGCGCCCACUGAAUACGACAGUUGGCGGCGCGCCGCUGGACUCGGAGGAGCAACUGGUCGCAACCUCCAGCUAUCCGCAGUUCGAGCUCGUGCCAGCGGGCAAUUCGCUUGCAAGUAUGUCGGCUUUUUUUUCCUCGCCGCACGCAGUUCCGCGGGAGGAAACGGCGCCACGUCUAAUCGAAGACGUCCUCUCCGAGGUGGAGCAGAGUCGAACAGCGCUAGCGCCAACAAUGUCGACAACUUCAGUCGGGUCGGCGUAUUUCACACACAGCGCAACGUCGUCGACAACGGGCGCAGUUCAUCUCGAAUCGCCCACUGCCAGAAGUGACGAGCAAAAGCGGGACCUGCACCUCGUCCCGUGUGCGUCCGCAUCCGCCACCGGAUUGGCGAGAACAGUCAGCAGCACCAGCUCGCAGAAUAACUGGUGCGGUGGAGGUCCUUUGGGGGACGGAGAAGCCGCGUUGCAGGACGGUAUUCCGAGUCGCUUGGAGGAAAACAGCCAUUCCCUGGCUGCGGUUCUCUUUGGCCGCCAGGCACAGGUUCGACCGCGCCAAGGUUUGCCCCAGACUUUGGAUAGUCUAUUCGGCACGGACUUACGAGCAAACCUGGACGACAAUACCAAUCUCAACAACGAGCAGGAGCCUCACCACAAUUACCCGCCGCCCAUUCCUGAGGGGGAUGAGGAGGAGGAAGAUACGGAAAUGAGCUUGCCACUUGUGCGCACACGGACAACCGAUGGACAACCAAGUCAUGGGUGGUCACCCUCACGUUCACCACGAGUAUUAUCGCCCGAAGUCGUGAUAGGCCCCCGGGGAAGCCCGAUCGUUAAACCGAUGGAUCCGGCGCUUAGCUUCGGUCAGCUGCCUCCAGAUCAACAAGUGCCGAAUACUUCUGCAAAUGAAGCUGAUGUCGAGUGUUUGAUCUCGGAUCGCCUCGAAACUGCCUGUCUGCUCCGCGAUACACUGGCACAGAACGUCGCUCUCGUGGAGGGAUCCGCUACCGCGGGCCAGUACGUGGACGACGAGAACCAGCAGCACGCGUUUGAGAGUAGUAACGCACGGACCGACAUGAACACACCCACACAGCAACCGCACCAGGUGAUCGACCAGCAGGUCGCCGACAAUUACGAACUCCGCACCGCCCCAGCCACCGACGGGCUGAUGUGGGCUGCGGGGGGUCUGGUUGGCGGCGUGAUCCAUCCGAUCGGGAACGCGGUUUCUGAAUGCUCGCUGCUGAUCCACGCCGCGCAGGAGCCCAGCACGGAUGCCGCGAACAUUCAGGAGCUGCAGCACCAGUUGCAGCUACGCGCGUAUGGCGACUACGACCAAAGUCCGGGCUAUACAACUUCCGGCGCCUCCUUAACCCCGCCCGCGACGCGGCAGCUGCAACUUCGCGAUCCCGAGUCCCAUCCGCUGGGUACCAGCACGUCCAUGAACACGAUCGAAAAUCAGCACGACACGUACACGCGCAACUUGAAGUCGUCCGUCGGCGCGCUGCGGGACGAGCCAGCAGUAGCUGCCUCCGUGAGCAGAGCGACCUCGCGGAACGCUUCCCCGGUGAAAAGCAUGCGACAGCUGGAGGCCUGUGUAUUGCACUCGCCGGACCAAUAUGAAGUGCAAAAAUGUCUGGGUCUGGAAGGUGCCAACUUGUCAUGGUACAUCUGAAGCACGCAACAAUCUGUGUUGCAUGAGUGCCAAAAGCUGUCCACUUUUGACCAAGUUGGAAGGGAGUUUCUCAUGCAGGAUAGGCAUGGGAGAGACCUCGCAGAGUCUGUCAUGCUAAGUCCCGCAUUCCAGACCUUAUGGGUCAUGGAAAAUCUGCAUGACAAGUUUACACUUUUCCAGACCCACGGAGCAGUAGGCACUAGUGGUGUUUGUUGAUCACGUGUACCGGCUCGGGGAGAGUCGGUAGGUGCCGCGGGGGUGGCUCAACGGCCAAUCAGGGUUUCGUCCAUGUACGCAUGGCGUACUGGUUCACCCACAGGCGACACAGCGUGUGUCGUCGAAAACCGGAGUAAGAGGGGCCGUCGGACCGGGAAAUCGCUUGCUGGUUAACAUGUAUGCGCGACAAGCUGGCUGCGUUUUGCAUUCGUGGCAGUCCAGGAAAGAAGAAGAACUAGUGAAGCGAUCGGAUCGACGAGGUGCGUCAGGGGGCGUCACUCAUUCAUUCAUUCAGACCCAGACAUUUUUGCACUUGAUAACCAAGACGACAAUGGAAUGUGCACGACGCCCGCUGCGAUCAAGCGGCAGCCGCAAGACUCACCAGCACGACUACCAAUAUCCGAGCUCCCCGACCCAGACCCAGAGGACCCCAACAAGCCGUUUGACGUCGAAGGCGGAACAGCGACAUUAAAGCGAAAGAAAGGCAGCUGUAGCACUUCUGUUGUAGACGGAAAGAGCGACGAUCACGACGAGCCCGACGCGGCGGUUUUGGCGAAAUUGAAAGAUCUCGUGCCAGGAAAACUCUCCAUGUACGCGACCUACCUGGCGGCCAUGAGCCGGCAGGCGAAAUUCGCCGCGACGAAGCUGCACCCGGUGUCCGCCGCGACGGUGUAUCCGCUGCGGCUUUUCGUGCCCCUGAUCGGUUGGGGCAUCCUGAUGACUGGCGAGCGGAUUCUGGCGGUGUUCAGCGAUCUCAGCAUGUCCUGGUGGAGCCAGACCGACGUGCUUCACCCGGAGGACGACGACGUGACGCGGUUGCUGCAUCGGAAGAGGUACCUGAUCUUCUUUGGGGUGUUCAUGGGACUGAACAAAGCGCUGCAGAUUGCGCUCCGCGGAACCUUCCCGCGGCUCGCCCGCAUGGCCUCGGAGAAACUGUUCGACGACAUGUUGCGUUCGGUGCUCCGCGCCCCAAUCCACUGGUUUGACACGAUGAGCGUCGGCGCUUUGCUAACCCGCUUCUCCUUCGACGUGGAGCAGGUCGACGCCAGUCUCCCGGUUGCCUUGUUUCCCUUUUUCUUGUUCUUCAGCUGGAACAUCACGGCGGUGGUGUUUUCCUCCUGGCUCUUGUGGCCGUGGUACCUGGUGCUCGUGUUGCCGGCGUUUCUCCUCCCGCUGUGCAUCCUGCUCUCCACCGCCCGGCGUCGCCUGACGGAACUGAAACAGUUGGAGAAUCUGCCGGCGCUCUUGUCGCUCUUCUCCGAAACGUGCCAAGGGGUCACGGUGAUCCGGGUUUUCCAGCGGCAGCAGGUCUACAGUCAGCUCUGCCGGUUGUUGCUGAACAAGCAAUCCCGCGUGACGUACGCGCAGAAUUUGGCUCUCCGCUGGCUCGGGGUGCGGAUCGAAGUGCUAGGGUUGCUGUACUGGUGCUUGGUGCUGGUGUUCUCCUCCCGCCUCGACGCCGGGAUCGCCGGGGUGCUGCUCGGGUGGUGCAUGAACUUCUCGGAGGCGUGUUUGUACUGCUACCUGUACUACGUACAGGCGGACGCGAGCGUUGCGUCGGUGGAAAAUCUGCGGAAGUUGGGCCCGCACUUCGUGCCCAAAGACGGCGUGCACAGCGAUCUGGACAACGCAAACAGUCGCGACGUGGAGGGCGACCACAGGGCCUUGCCCGGGGAAACGACGAAGCUAGAGAUUCACGAGGAGCGCGGCUUCAAAGGCCAGAAGAGCGGCGCGCCUCCGACCAGCCAGCAAGUGUACCUCGGGAAGCGCGCUCGGUUGUCACAGACUUCACUCGAAGAAGCAGCUGUGAGCAACGAAGAUGGGGGCGACGACAGUUGUCAACAGCCGCUUUUAGUACAGCGGUCCGCAGAACAACUGGAAGAUGCAACAACUGCAGCGAAGGAUGCUCUACUUCCAGAUCGACUUGACAAACCGCAGCCUGGUUUGGUAAUAGAGGACCUCUACCUUAAAUACCGCAAGGAUCUGCCAAACUACGUGUUGACCAAACUUUGGGUGACCAUCGCGCCGGGCGAGCGCUGCGCGGUGGUCGGGCGGACGGGCGCGGGCAAGAGCUCCAUCGCCGUCGCGAUCUUCAACCUCGCUGAGGAGAUUCACGGGCGCAUUUUUCUGAACGGGAAGAGCUUGCUCUCGGACCCGACCCGGGGCGUGGUCGUGCCGGUCAACGAAAGCCGAAAGCGCCUGGGGAUCAUCACUCAAGAUCCAGUAUUGUUCAGCGGCACGGUCCGGGCAAAUUUGGAUCCUUUCGGUGAAUACAGCGAUCAGGAGUGCGAGGAUGCGCUGGCCUCGGCUUGCUUGUUCCAACGUUCUAGAUCAGACGGUGGUGACGAACGGGAAAAGGAGCAGCAGGAGGUUCUGAAACACUACGAUUUGGUGACCAAUCUUGAAGAAUCGGGGAAAAACCUUAGUCUGGGCGAGCGGCAGCUGGUAACAACAUUUUUCUACAAAUCUUACUGCUUGUGGUUGAAUGUUUUCUUGCGUCUUUUUCUUUCUUGAUUCAGAUUUCAGGGGAAAAAACGGUCCGCUGACGUAACUUUUAUUAUCUCUGCAGGUUUGCUUGGCGCGCGUGAUGCUGCGGAAGCCAGAGCUUUUAGUCUGUGACGAGGCAACGGCGAGCUGCGACCUGGAGACCGACGCACUGGUGCAGCGCGCGAUACGGACUUGGCUGAAGAAGCAGAAAGAUUGCUGCGUGCUGACCAUUGCACACCGUUUGGAAACGAUUGCGGACUACGAGAAGGUGCUUUUUCUGGACCGCGGCUCCAAGGCCGAAUUCGGGGCACCGAAGGAUCUGCUUCGCGACGAGACAAGCAACUUUUCGCAGCUGGUCAAAGCAGCUGGAGCUGACACUGAGAAACGCGUUACGGAAAUCGUUUUUACGUAAGGUUGUAUCCAUAAGGUGAAAUGAAAAAACCAUUCGUUCCGUUUUUGGCCCGAUGUUAUGAUACGCGCAGAAUUACGAGUUCGAGAUUUUUUGACAAUUGAGCAGUGAAAUACGGAGCCAGUGCUGCAUUUUUGCAUCCUAAUUGCGAAGCAAUAAAGCACAGUGAAGAGAU